AUGCUUUCCACUACUCCUCCGGAAAUCACAGCGUUCAGUAGCUCAGAGCUUGUAAAGAAAGCUCAGAAUAUUCUUGACUCGGAAGUGCUUCAACUACAAGAAGCUAUAUGCAAUCUCAAGACUAAACGAAAUGCACUUUCAUCAAUCAGCCGCCUACCACCGGAAGUCCUAUCGCGUAUCUUUAUGUUCUGUGUCGUGCCCCAUUCCUCCAACUGGAUUGCUCAAGUCUCACAUGUUACCCGCUAUUGGCGUGCGACUUCGCUUGGUUGCCCACAACUCUGGGAUUGUCCGCCCUUUAUGCAUCGACACCAGCUGGCCGAACUGAUGCUAGCACGGUCUAAAACAGUCGUUUUCUCACUCUCGGGAACAGUGGCCUCGAUGACUGAACAACAGCGUCGCGUUUUCCUUCUUGCUCUAUCUCAGCUAUCGAGAAUCGCGAAUCUCUGCAUAGAUGAAGUUGAACCUCACUUCGUUACGAAGCACCUUGCCACUAUCAUCGAGCCUGCGCCGCAGCUUUCCUCCCUUGAAUUAUAUGGCUCGACUUUUUAUCCAUUUUCGCCUGAGGAGUCCUAUCUUCCCAUAACCUUUUUGGCCGGCCAAACACCUCAUCUCAAGACUUUGAGACUAGAAAUUAUCAGUCUUGAUUGGGGCUCGACCAUUGUGUCAUCCAGUAUUGUCCAUAUCAGCCUGAAGGACCUCCAUUUGCAAUACUCUUCCCUGGUGCAAUUCAUUCGCGCUCUUCGAAGAACACCGUCUCUUGAAACCCUCGAAAUACAACAUACGCUAAAAGACAUUAUAUCUAGCGUUGACACCCUUGACGCUCCAAAAACUCGGAUUUCCCUGCCAGCACUGAAGACAUUGGCUGUCACCGGCGAAAAGACCGUCGCUGCCGCCUAUCUUCUCAGUCAUCUUAUGCUUCCGCUGGGGACGAAGACCACCAUUUCCUGCAAAGGCAAUCAAGCCGACUCAAACCUGGCAAUUAUGUCCAUCUUUCAAAGUUUAUCGUCCACCGUUGGUCCCGACCACCUUAAAUCGAUUUCCCUCGUGGCCAUGGAUACGUAUCUCGCUUUUCGUGCUUGGACGUCAGCUGAAAUGCAUGCCGGAUCGAUUGUUGACGUUACUAUCUCGCCAUCGAGACUAGGGGACACAGACAACUUUGUAAUCGCAAGCAGUUCGCUGCCUUUACAAAGUCUUAGUGCCCUCCACGUUCAUGGUGGCAUGGAAACGGAAACAUGGAUUAGGGCCUUCGGUAACCUGAAUGGUCUUGAUUCAAUCACACUUGAAGGUGAAGAGGGCAAUGCUCGCUGGCAGUUUGGGCUUCUGGUUGCUGGCUGCGCUGGGUGA